GGAAGGGCGGGACUUCGGGCCGUAGCCAAUCGACGCUGAAGGCUGAAUAGGCUCUGGCCCGUUGAACGCGUGCGGGGGAGGCGGCUUCUUCCGGCCGGCCGCAGGUUAGCUGCGUACGUUGAAGGACACAACCAGUGGAGUUGCUACCUUUUGCGAGCUUGAAAUCAUGGCAGGUCCAGAAACUGAUGCCCAAUUCCAUUUCACUGGUAUCAAAAAAUAUUUCAACUCUUACACUCUCACAGGUAGAAUGAAUUGUGUAUUGGCCACAUACGGAGGCAUUGCUUUGAUGAUUUUAUACUUCAAAUUAAGGUCUAAAAAAACACCAGCUGUGAAAGCAACAUAAAUGGACUUUAACUUGGACCUCAUCUGUUAAAUUCCCAUGCUUGGAAAAGCUAAUGUCAACUCAUCAUGUGAUACUCAAUUUGUACAAUAAAUUAUGAACCUGGAAAA